GUCACGCUGAUUCGAUGGGCCCUUAGUGGGCUCUUCUUCCAUUAACCCGUUCUGUUUAUCUUUGUGCGCGCCGGUUGGAAAUAGAAAGUGCCGGUCAUCAUCAUCAUCGGCGACAAUGAACAUACUCACAUUGCUCGUUGAGGUCGCCGGUCUCUUGGCCACGAUCACCAUCGGAGCUAACGCAUUCUCCUAUUCUCGUUUCCGUCGCCGGAACCUCGCCAAGUUUCGCUCUCCAAUCGACGAAUCUAAAGAAGUUCUCGCCGAUUUCAAUUCCCACGAACACAAGGAGGGCAAAUUCUUCUUUGGGUUGGCUACUGCACCUGCUCAUGCGGAGGACGAUCUCAAUGAUGCUUGGCUCCAGUUUGCAAAAGAAACACCAUGCUCGGCAGAAGAUACUGCUGAUAAAAAAGCAUCGAGGACGAAGGUUAAGCUUGCCGUGGGAGCUAUAACGAAAGGGUUGCAGAAGAACACACAUGGCAAAGACAAUAAGUCUGCUGCAGAUAAGCCACCCACUAAAAAUGUAGCUGCGUGGCACAACGCUCCUCACGCUGAGGACAGGCUUAAAUUUUGGUCAGAUCCUGACAAAGAAGUGAAGCUAGCAAAAGAUACUGGCGUUACUGUCUUUAGGAUGGGAAUCGAUUGGUCUAGGAUCAUGCCAGAAGAGCCUACCAAAGGGCUUAAGGAAGCAGUUGACUAUGAGGCCCUCGAACACUAUAAAUGGAUACUUGGUAGAGUUCGUGCAAAUGGGAUGAAGGUGAUGCUAACGCUGUUUCAUCAUUCAUUGCCACCAUGGGCAGCUGAUUAUGGUGGCUGGAAAAUAGAGAAGACAGUCGACUACUUUAUGGACUUCACCAGGCUUGUUGUGGAUUCCAUGUUCGAUCUGGUAGACUCGUGGGUCACAUUUAAUGAACCCCAUGUCUUCACUAUGCUUACAUACAUGUGCGGAUCCUGGCCCGGUAAUGACCCUGAGUUUCUGGAGAUAGCUACAUCUACUCUACCAAUGGGUGUAUUCCACCGAGCCUUACAUUGGAUGGCUGUUGCUCACUCAAAGGCCUAUGACUACAUCCACGGGAAAUUUUCCUUGAGAAAACCUUUGGUUGGCGUUGCGCACCACGUCUCCUUUAUGCGGCCAUAUGGUCUCUUUGAUAUUGGGGCUGUUACUAUUAGUAACUCCCUCACUAUAUAUCCAUUUAUUGAUAGCAUUUGUAAGAAGUUGGAUUUCAUAGGCAUCAACUACUACGGACAGGAAGCAGUGUGUGGUGUCGGACUAAAGCUUGUCGAGACUGAUGAAUACAGUGAAUCUGGAAGAGGGGUAUAUCCUGAUGGUCUAUACCGCGUGUUGUUGAUGUUCCACGAGAAAUACAAACACCUGAAAGUUCCUUUCAUCGUCACUGAAAAUGGCGUGUCUGAUGAAACAGAUGUGAUUCGGCGGCCUUACCUGAUCGAGCAUCUCCUUGCCUUGUAUGCUGCAAUGCUCAAGGGUGUUCCGGUGCUUGGUUACAUAUUCUGGACUAUCUCCGACAACUGGGAAUGGGCUGAUGGAUACGGUCCAAAAUUUGGACUUGUUGCGGUUGACCGAGCCAAUGAUCUUGCUCGAACCCUUCGGCCAUCGUACCAUCUCUUUUCCAAGAUUGUGAAAAGCGGCAAAGUCACUCGUAAAGAUCGGACUCUUGCAUGGAACGAACUCCAAAAAGCUGCCAAAGCAGGAAAAGUACGGCCAUUCUACCGAGCCGUUGAUAAUCGUGGUCUAAUGUACGCAGAUGGACUCGACAAGCCUCAGUGGAGACCGUUUGUUGACCGUGACUGGCGGUUUGGUCACUACCAAGUGGAUGGUCUUCAAGACCCGCUGAGUCGCGUGGCUCGAGCCCUUCUCAUAUGGCCGCUUAUCAUGAGAAAGAAGAUAAGAAAAGUUAAGAUCAAGCACACCGAUGAUUCUGGGCUCGUUCUACGUCCCGCUUAUGCCUCACCCUUUGACUAAAUGACUAGAGCAAGAGAGUGGGGAAACCCAGGACACAGUCUCAUUUCCCUGUCUACGAUUUGCCAAAACCUUUGGCGCAAAUUGAGACGAUUCACCGUUUUGUUGUUAUGUAAUUUAAAUUAAGGCAAAAACGGCACGAUGUUGUAGCGUAUAGCCUCUCUGGAUGAGGCGCUGUUUUCGCCUACGCAUCCUUCGAUUUAUAUAGGUCUUGUCUUGGCCUCAGACAUUUGCUGGACGAAUGAAUCGCAAGCUUUAACCCAUCCAAUUUCCGGUUUAGAUUCUGUUUAACCAAAACG